CUGACACCAAACCACCCCGACUAUUCGGCGGGUUGGAAGGACAAAUCAUUUCGUUCGCAGGCCAGGCCGAGACAUCGACAAUGAGCAUUAACCCUGAUCAGAAUUUCUCGCGCACUCAACGCAUCACGCUGAGGUCAGGAGGGCCUGGGCAACACGAAGUCGCCUUCCAGACGGGCCUGUUCCCCUCCGGACCCCUGUUCGGCUGUGAGGCUUCGGGUCAUCACCGGGUUUAGCGGACUGCAGCCCAGCAUCCUCACAAGAUCCGGGCCAGUUCCAGACCAGGUGACAAAUUUCAGCCCUUCGCGACUGACUGCCGUAUCUGCCUGCUGCAACCGCUGCAUUUGCUCGCAUCACCCACCAUCACCCAUCCGAGUCUCCGAUUCUCGACAUUGAACCCGCAUCGACAUCGACUCGAAAACUUCAGCGACACAGCCAACAUCGACAUCCUCGUUCUCCGAUGCCUCGACAGUACUGACACGACGCUGGAACAAUGGCGAGCCCGGUGGGGGAGGACAACUGGGUCGAUUUUGUCGACCGCCAGCUCCGCGAGGCGACCGACCUCGAGGCCCGCGUUCGCGUCAUCGAGACCUUUCGACAUGCCACGCUCGCCGAGCCCGGCAGCCUCAAGGUGUGGAUCGCCUACUGCGAGUACUUCUGGUCGCUAUAUACCGACUGCCAACCCGGCAGCGACGCCGGCUGGACUCCCGACGAACAGCAAAUGGGACGCGAAACUUUCACUCUCGAUGCCGCCCUCAAUCUCUGGCAAGAGGGUUACGAGGCUGUGCAGUACCGCCUCUCGGACAGCCACGAGUUGUGGAAUCGCUGGGUGUCGCUCGAAAUGGAGCUGCUCCGCCGGACCGCGACCGAGGCGGGCGUACGCAGGAUCACCCACCUCUUCAAGGACCGCCUUGCCGUCCCGCACACGACCUGGGAUGCGACGUCGCAGAUGUUCUCGAGCUUCCUCUCGGAAUAUAACCGACAUGCCUAUGAGAGCGAGAUGCAACAGGUGACAAGGAGCGCAAAAACCGCGAAGCGUCUGUACGACCUGCGCGACCCGUGGGAGCUGAAGCUCGCCCGCGCCGCCAAGACCCACGACACGGCCGCCCUGCGGACAAUUAUGUCCGAGUACCUCGACUGGGAGAUCCGCCUGGUGAAGUCCAAAAAGGACAUGAAGGACAUCGUCGCCAAUUUUCAAAUCUGCCUCGGCUUGUUCUCGCGCGCCGUGACUGGCGUCCUGGCCUCGGAUGAGGACACCUGGCUCAAUUUUGUCGUGCUCGUUUCGACCACCCACUCCGAUCUCAAGGCCGGUCGCUCCCAAGUUCCCCACAACCUGGUGCCCAACAUGCUCGACAUCCUACGUCGCGCCGUGCGCCACAUCCCCUGGUCCGGCCCCAUCUGGGCGCGCUACAUUCUUACCGCCGAAGAGGCCGGCCUGUCCUUCACCGACAUUGAGCGCAUCAAGCAUGCUGCUACGGACAGCGCCCAGCUGGAUAGGGACGGCAUGUCGGGCGUUCUGGACAUGUACUCGGCGUGGUGCGGCUACCUGAAGCGCUCCGCCAUGAACCCCUCUGCUACCGAGGAAGCUGUCGAUGUCGCUGAAGUGGGCCUCCCAUCGGCCAUCGAGGACGUCAGACACUGGGGCAAGCGCAAGUACGGCGAGGCGUACCAGGGUGACCCGGACUAUCGGCUUGAAAAAAUCCUGAUCCAGUUCCUGACCGAGAAGAAGGAUGACAUUGAGAGUGCGCGCGGCGUGUGGGAAGAGUUGUCGCGGGUCGAGCUGCACGCAAACAGCUACGACUUUUGGCUCCACUGGUACCUGUGGGAGAUGAUGGUCUUCAGUGCCGCGAGGAGCAAGACGCGAAGCCCGACACCGGCGACGCUUGCGCAGGGCCUACUGGUGCCCACAUUCGCUACCCGUGUCUUCACCCUGGCGCUCAAGGUGCGUACCGUGGACUGGCCAGAACGGCUCAUGGAGGUCUACCUGAAGCACUGCAACGACUACGAGCUGGCCGAGACAUUGCGAGAGGCCCAUGACACCAUCUACAAGACGCGGAAAGGGGUGGCGAAGCGCCGUGAGCGGGAAGCUGCUAUGGCAGCACAGGCUGCGCAGGCUGCCCAGCAGCAGGUUGCACAGCCCGAUCUGCCGAUGACGGAUGCUGCCGAUGCGACCCUUUCACCCGGCUCUAAGAGAAAGCGCGAAGCGACCCCGAGCGAGCACGACAGCGGGAACAAGCGGGCCAAGAGCGACACGCACGCCGAGCGGUUGAAACGCGACCGCGAAAACACGUCAGUAUGGGUGACCGGCCUGCCCAAGGACGCCACCCAGACAAAGCUCAAGCACUUCUUUCGCGGGUACGGACACAUCAACAACAUCGACCUCCAGAAACGGGACAACUCGGCGAUCGCCCUAAUCGAGCUCGGCACGCCAGACGACGCCAGGUCAGCCCUGCUCCGCGACGGCAAGUACUUUGGCGACCACGUCGUCCAGGUGACCCCGGCCACGGACUGUACCCUCUUCGUGACCAACUACCCGCCGGAAGCCGACGAUCAGUACCUCCGCAGUCUCUUCAAAUGCUGCGGCGAGAUCUACAGCAUCCGAUUCCCCUCGCUCAAGUACAACACUAAGCGCCGCUUCUGCUACGUCACCUUCCGCGACCGGUCCGCCGCCACUGCCGCCACCAAGCUCGACGGAAAAUCCCUCGAGUCGGGCAAGUACAGGUUCGUCGCCAAGUUCUCGGACCCGAUGGCGCGCCAGAACCGCCAAGGCGCCCAGGCCGAGGAACGCGAACUGCACGUCGUCAAUCUGCCGCGCGGCGCGGGCGAGGAGGACGUCAGGGGCCUGUUCGCCAAAGCAGGCCGCGUCGUCAGCGUGCGCGUGCCGCGGAACAUGGCCGGGCAAUCGCACGGUACGGCGUUUGUGGUCAUGGAGACGAAGGAGGAGGCGCAGAGGGCGGUGCAGGAGCUGGAUAAGCUGCUGUUUGGGAACCAUCCCAUCAAAGUAGAAAUCUCGAAACCGCCGCAACAGAAGGUCACUUCUACGACUCGCGCAGCUUCCCAGGAGGCGCCGCCGUCGCAAGAACAUCAUGGGGCAGCCGGUGGUGGGCUGGCACCGGCGGAGAUUGCUGCAAGGACGAUUGCCGUGCUGAAUGUGCCGGAUACCAUGACGGAUGCGCGGCUAAGGGCGAGACUGGAGUCGGCUUCGGCGGGCGCGGAGUUGGUGAGAUUGGUGCUGCACCCCAUGCACGGCGGCGCCGUGCUCGAGUAUGCCAACGCUACGGCCGCGGGCAAGGCUGGGCUGGCGGUGGAUGGGUUGGAGGUGGAGCCGGGGAGUGGGAGUGGGAGGAGGUUCAGGACGGGGACGGUGGCCGAGCUGUUCAAGGCCAAGGGCGAGAAGAGGACCGAUCGGGUUGAUAAACCCGCUGCUUCUUCUGCACCUCCUUCUGCUACGGAUAUUACCUCGGACUCGAAGAAGGGUGCCGCUGCCGCUGCCGCCCAGCUGAUGCCGCCCCCGCCGCUGGCGCUGAGACGACCUGCCGUGCAGGGAGCGAGAGCCGGGCCGAAGCGGGUGUUGGGGUUUGUUGGGGGUGUGGCAGCUGCGGCUAAGAAGGCAGCAGGGGAGGAUGCGGGGCGACAGCAGGAUGGGGUGGGCAAUGGCGAAGAGCAGCAGGGAGGAGGAAGUCAGGCUGGGGGGAAGAGCAAUGCCGAUUUCAAAAGGUUGUUCUUGGGUGGGCCUAGUACCGGUGGCAAUACCAACGACACGACAGCUGCUUCUGCUUCUUCUGCUGCCGCCGAUGGUGGUGAACGUGCUGAAGUGGAUGGGCAGAGUGUUGAGAGGAGGGGGGGAAAUGAGCACAAGGGGGAUUAAGUCGGGAUGCAAGGGAAAUACGCGAGAUACUACCGUACUGUAUUGGGACGCAUAUCUUCAUCGGUUGUAUGAUACCACGCACGGGAGCGCCGGGAAGGCUGCGGGAGAGGGAUCAGGUGCUAUCAAUACCCCUUGCAUUGGAUGGUUGCUUUAAGAGCUUAGUUGGAGGUUGAGAAGAGCCGUAUGGUUAUAUGACUGUAAGGUCAAGGUACCUAGGUGGCAUUUACCGACCGGUUUGUAGGUUUUGCUGACGAGAGUUCAAUCCUGCUCAACCGAAACUUUGAUUUGCUUUUGAGCAGAGGUUGUUCAUGAAAAACUGAAAAGAUUUGAUACUU